UAAAUAUUAAAUUGAAAACUAUCAAUUUACCUAGUCAAUAAAAAUUAAAGUAGGAACCCAACUAUUUUCUAGAAUUUUUAUACCAUACGUUUCAAAGGUUACGAAAGAAAGGACUUACGGAGUACAAUGUAGUAAGGAUUCCUUUGUUUGGAUAUCAAGUUCUACCGUAGUCAACGGGACUCAAAUUAAAACAUUGCCCGGUCGGUUUGUCGUGGGUCUAGUGACUAUUACGUAGCCACUUAGAAGUGUUUACUAGUACUAUACGUCACGCCGGCCUAAUCAAACGGAAUGUCAGGUGAUCGUACAGCAGGACCUUCUGAAGCAAGUACUAGCGGAGGCCGCGGACGUAGCUCGGGUUCGUCAUCUAGUCAAGAUCGUGAAAAGGAGCCUAAACUAAAUCCUAAAAUGUCAAAAGCUCUCAGCACUAGUGUUAAAAGGAUCCAAAAAGAACUAGCAGAGAUUACUUUGGAUCCACCUCCUAACUGCAGUGCUGGUCCUAAGGGAGAUAGCUUGUACGAAUGGGUGUCCACCAUUCUGGGUCCACCGGGUUCUGUCUACGAAGGGGGAGUUUUCUUUCUAGAUAUCCACUUCUCCCCAGAGUAUCCCUUCAAACCUCCAAAAGUGACCUUCCGGACCAGGAUCUACCAUUGUAACAUUAACAGCCAGGGCAUCAUAUGUCUAGAUAUUUUGAAAGAUAAUUGGAGCCCUGCCCUAACAAUUUCUAAAGUUCUUCUUUCUAUAUGCUCAUUAUUAACAGACUGUAAUCCAGCUGAUCCGCUGGUAGGUAGUAUCGCUACUCAGUACCUCCAACACAGAGAGGAACAUGAUAGGAUUGCCAGGUUGUGGACAAAACGUUAUGCAACGUAAAGACCGCCAGAUUUUAGAGUUUUUCUUCUUUCUAAGUGAACCAGUAGUGCCACCUUCCUCAUUGUCAUUGAACUUCCUAUGGCCCAUGAAACAGCAGUUUCAGUGCCCUCAUCCAGGUGAAACAUGUGAUCAGUGCUCUCUCUCCAACUCCAUGAUUUGUUGUUAUCAUUGUAACCCAUUUAUCCAGAAUAAGUAAUAUAAUUAUAUAUAUAUAUCCAUUGUAAUUAAGGUGUGUAAUUACUAACACCACACCUUAAGUAAGAAUGAUACUCAUCUGGUAAUUUGAUCCUCCAAGAUUCAUUUUAUCUUGAUCGUGUGUUCACUUGGCUACGAACGGAAGCAAAUGAAGUGAGCUAGCCUCCAAGAACUCGUUAUGUUAAAAUUCGUAUUUUGUUCGCCAGUCAACCAGACUGUUUUUAUGUGACUAAACUUGUGUUAGGACUAGAGAAAACAAAUUAUGGAGGACCUCAGAAGGUUAAUAAACAAUUGCCAAGGAAAUUGUAAAGGAUUUGUAUUAUUUUAGAUGGCUUGGUAAGCUUGUAACUUUGGAAAAGUCUAAAUUUUAACAUUUGUAUUUUUGAAAAAAUGGAAUAGCUGUGUAAAUUCACAAGAAGCAAUGAUUAGUCUUUAUGUGCAUUUGUAGCAGCAAACUGAGUAAAACAUGUAGAAUUAUAAAAAUAGACACAUCACAAACCAACAAAGCCAGUAACUCAAGCUCUUUCAAAAGGUAAACUUUCACCUGAAGAUGGAAGGUUUAUUUUUAGGAACAUGCUCGUGUUAUUGAGUUUUUUAAUUUGCCAGUAAUAAACCAUGUGUUUAAGAAGUUGGAUGGGAAGGUCCAAGGUUUGAGCCCAUAAUAUGCUGCUGAACAUGCUCCACACUUUGAGCUAUGAGUGCACUAUUAAAGUGACAGUUUCACUAUUUGUUAAGAGUAGCCAUGUUGGUAGCAGAGGCUCUUGGAUCAGUAGUGCUAAAUUAGGGAUAGCUCUGCUGGGACUUUAGGAUCUGUAACCUGGCUUUUUAAAAGUCCUUUUGUCAUAUAAGAUUGAAAACAGCAAAUUUAAAGCUGAGUCUGAACAGUUUUCAUUACUUUUCACCAAUACAAUCAUUAUAUCCAGUAUUUAGAGUGUAAAUGGUAUCAACAGGUGCCAAAUAUUUAUUACAGAAUCUGCCUGAUUGGUUGGAGUUUUCUAAGAUAAAAAAUUCCAAAUUGCAUACAGUUUACUGAUAAGAAACAUGACAAGUGUGUGACAUGGCAUAUUUGUUUAACAAAUCUUGAAAAUAACUACCACUUUAAUUUCACUGCCUGAUAGAGUAGAAACAAAAAACGAUUUUUACAGCUCUAGUUUGAUACAUCUGUCCCAGCUCAGUUCAUUGAAGUAGUAGUGGUGUUAUAAGUUAGGAUGCACAAAAAAAGUCAGCUAGGUUGCACUCAAGAAAUAUAUGUUGCCUGUAAAUUUUGUUUAAAACUAAAUAUUUUUUGUUGUUGUUGAUCUCCUCUGUCAUCUGUAUAAAUUAAAUUGUACACUUGUUCUCUUUGUUUGUACUUUUUACAUUACCGAGUGAAUUUCCUAUUUAGUUGGAUUGUGAGUGGUUAAAUAACAAAAUAACACAUCAUAAUUGCCAAUUGAGUUUCCAUUUGAGUUUCAUUGCUUGGUUAAAUAAUAAAAUAUCACAUUGUUUUUACCAAACGUGUUUUCAGGUGAGUUGGAUAGUUACCAGUUAAAUAACGAAAUACUGCAUCAUAUUCACAAGCGAGUUUUCAGGUGAGUUUGAUAUUUAUUUUAAAUAGCAAAAUCAUAAUUACCGUGUGUGUUUUCAGGUGAGUUGGUUACCACAGUGGUUCAUGAGUAAAAUAUGAAACUACAAAUUUUAAUGGGGAAAAAUGCAUAUAACUGUAGGAGAAAACCUUCUGCAGCAACACUCAUGUAGAUAAAUUACUGAAAAAAUACUAAGCCUACAACAAAACUGUAAUGGUCAAGAAAGAUCAGUUGGUUGAAUUUAUAUUUAACCAGUCUUUGUGUAUGUGUUAUGAAAUUUGAAGUGGUUAGUUAGCCUGCAUAGUAGAUAGAUCCCUUUCUGUAGGUAGACACUAAGCUACAUGAGCGUGCAUCUCUAUUCCUGUUGUCGACUGUGUCUCAUAGUACCAUAACACUGCUGAACUAUGUUCCCAGUUCAUCAUACUAUUGUAUUCAGAAUUUAUACCAAGAUUAAUAAGACAAUUUGUAAUGCUUAAAACAACUACUUCAGAUCCUUUUUAAUUUGAAAAAGUUUUAGCAAAGAUUUCCUUAUUAUCAUAGUUAAAUCAUGAGUUGUUUAUCAUUUUUGGCAUAAUUAUACUCAACUGAAACUUGCCUUUUCAUCAGUUAACGGAUUAUAUAAGUAUACAAGUUAAGUAAUACAAAGGUAAGAGUUAGGUCCUUGCAUUUACACUUGUCUUACGUAAAAAAUUAUGUAUUUGGAAAUAAACUGUAGAUGUCUUCCAAAAAUAAUAGAAUAUAAAAUGCUAGGCCUUCGUGAAUAUAUAUUACAUUUUGCAUGACACAAUAUAUACACAAAGUAUGUAUCUAGACUAUUUGGUAUGUUAUAUUUGGAUUAGUAACUUAAAUAAACCAGCCCUUGCAACCUAUUUUUCUUUAAAUUUUUAUGUUAAAAAGUUACCGAAUGGUCAUAAAUAAAAAUCAUUCAUACGUGUUUUGUCUGCUAAAUAUACAAGGUCUUGUUUAUCCUGGGGUCAGAAACUGGCUGCUACAAUACCAGUUGAUUGUAGGGCUAAUUUAGAAGUAAACGUACAUUUUUAUUACAUCCAAAUAUUGCACCGUGUUUGACCUUAUGAAGACCUACACUAGUGAUUGGAAACGUCGUCCUCAGAUCAACGGACAGAAUUAUUCCCAAUUCAACAUAAUUUUAGUAGAUAGUAUCUCAUUCAGCUUCAUUAUUCUGCAUUAUCUUUAUUAUCCAAUUUUAAUAUAGCAUGUGACAUAACAUUUUAACCUGCAGCUUUAAAUAGAAUUGCAUUCAUGUGCCGUAUCAGUUUUAAUUAUUAAUAUUAUAUGUUAGUAAAGCCAAUUAUCACUACAACCAGUUUUCUAUAGUUCCUGGGUGAAACUGGCCGUAAAUUAGCACAUUUACUAUAGUUGGAUAUAAUACAUUUGAAUAAUAGCUUGCUUUCCUAAUGUAAUUAUAACUAGUGCUGUGAAUACAUAAUUUUAGGCCUAUGCAUGUUUCUGUUCUUGAUAUACUUAGGCCAGUUGUACACACUUAGCUUCGUUAUGGUACAAACUAUAAAGAAUUGUUUUCUGAUGGAUUUACUUAAGAAAGUGGUAUUAGUUAGAGUGAAUGGUAAAGAUAUAUAUGAAUAACUUCUGCAUUUUAUGUAAAGUGAAAUUAAAAUGUUAGAAGCAGCAUAUUCUUGUCAUAAAUAAGGUAAAAUUUGAAUGUUUGGUAUACUAAUUAUUAUGUACAAUAAUGAUUGUGAAUUGUGUUUGUUGAAUUCAUGUCCGUUUUCCGAAAAGAUGUAUAGAUAAUUAUUGCUGUAAUUGAUGUAUGACAGACAUUUGAAAUAAAAGACUCGCAAAAUA